UGUUGAUGAGGGGAGUGGAACCUCAACCCAGCACGUUAUCGUGAUAGAGGUUAGAGCGCAUUCCCUACGACAUUGUUAUCCAAUUCAACUCAUGUACCGGUAAUAAACUCCUCUCUUCAUGUGUCAGUCUGAAGAUGCAGAGGCUGCAGGUCCUGGGGUCAAGCAGGAGAGGUCUGAAGGAGAGGAGGACCCAUGGCACAGCAGAGACAUCCAGACUGGAGCAGCAUCUGGUGCGCCCCCUGUAGCCACGGAGGACCCCACCUCCCCUGCCCAGCCCAGGAUCCGACACUGCAUCACGGAGGUCAGUGGAAUGYCGAACUCCGCCCUCAAGUCAGAGACCAAYACCAAGACAGUAACUGAAACACACAGGCUAUUACACACAGGAACUGACCACAGAUCAGACCCAGAGAGACUGGGGCCACUCGGCUGUCCUCCUGCUCCCGGUUCCGAAUACUUACCGGUAUUUCACCAGAGCCAGAAGACGGUUCAAUCCCGUGGAGAUGGUGAUGCGUUAGACACUGGUGUUGAUGAUCCGUCUUGUUCUUACUCUACAGAGAUGGACCCUGGUAACAUAUCCUUGUGUUUAGAGACACAGAAUGAUCUGUCUAGAGGGGGGUGGAACCGGUACACUAGUAGUGUAUACUCUGAAGGGUGCCUAGAUAAGAAAGGGGAGGUUAUAGUCGUUGAUGAAGUGACUGUGAAAAUGGAGGRCGACAUUUCUCUCACAUGGAAUGCAGAUAGUCACCUAGGUGACGGACACUCACAAGAAAGAGACUUCUUAGAUUACAGGGAAAGUUUAGAGACAAAUCCAAAUGUUGCGACCCACUCCCCUUUACACACACUCAGGGAUCGGGACCCAGUGUCCACAUCAAUGGGGCCUUUCGAUUCACACAGCCUUUUCGAUCAGGUAUUGAACUCAAACAGGGCUAGAGCCCAGGCUCGGGAAGGGGGAGCAACAUCAGACAGUAGUAAAGAGAAACGGUUCCUCUGCAUGUUCUGUAACAAAGGCUUCAGCUGCCUCCAGAAGGUGGAGAUUCACCAGAGGUUCCACACAGGGGUGAAACCUUUCAGCUGUAACCAGUGUCACAUGUGCUUCGCCCAGGCUGGUGACCUGAAGAGGCACCAGAGGGUCCACACAGGGGAGAAACCCUACAGCUGCCCCCAGUGUGAGAAGAGGUUCUCCCGCCUGGACAAACUGAAAAUGCACCUGAAAGUCCACACGGGAGAGAGGCCGUUCGCCUGUACACACUGCAGGAAGAGGUUCUCAGAGAGGAGCUACCUCAGGAUACACCAGCAGAAAAAACAUUCCACUCUAUAACAUAGAAAGUAACCCUUCCACUCAAUAGCUUCUGAGGUUUAGAUCAAGUCCUGCAUUAUAGACAAAUAUUUAAUUUGUAUUGUCAGCGGAAAAGAUCCACAGAUGAAUUUGGAAUAACAAGAGUAACAGAUUUGAAUAUUCCUGGGUAGAAUAUUGCAUCCAGACAUUGGGUGAUAUAUAAGGUAUAUAAGCCUAAAAAGUCUGAUACAUAUUGUGUUUGUACUGUGUAGGAUAUAUGUUCACAAAUGCCUAUUUGAUUACUUCCAUUAAACUACCUAAUUUUUUAAAGUUCAUGCAUAUUUUUAGUUGAGACGUGUAUGUGUGGUUUUCAUAUGGUGUAUUUAACACUUGUUUAUGUUCAAUAAACACAAAAUGGGACUUUU